AUGGCAGAAGCAAUGAUGAAUACUCCAGACAACCCCAGCUAUGUGACACCUGAAGGGUAUGUAGGAGCCCCCAUGCCAGAGUCACAGGAUGCAGUGGGAUUAGAUUUGGGCAUGUAUAAUCUUCCAGAAUAUGCGAAUAAAGAAGAUAUGGGCAUAUUAAAUACAACUCUGGAUGGGAUUGUUAACAUGCUGUCUGCUCUUGACAACAAGAUGAAUGAUAUGAACAACAAGGUGAGUGAUCUUAACAACAAGCUGAAUUAUAUUGAAGUGAAAGUUACUAACAUGCAAGACAAAAUGAGAGGAGGAGGAGGAAGCACUUACCAGAAAAAAGAAGGACAAGGGGAAUCGGGAGAAAAAAAGAAAACUAGACAGACGGAUCCAUGCUACAUCUGCAAAGAGUUAGGGCAUUGGGCCCCAGAUUGCCCCAAGAAAGAUUUGUGCUACAAGUGCGGGAAAUUUGGCCAUUGGGCUAAUCAGUGUACAGAGGAUGAGGAGGAUCAACAAUUCGUCAAAGAAAUACAAAAACUGGAGGAAAAGCCUCAAAAACCCAAGAUUUCAGGGACCCACCAGACCAAACCUCCAGUGAAAGAAGGAGACAAAAAAGAGAAAAAGGAACACAACAGAGAGAUUCCAGGACCCAGCACUACUCACAAGAGGAAACUAUCCCUGAUGACCGAUAAGGCCCAGAAGAAGAAAAAACCAGCAAAUGAAGACUUGACGAAUCCCCCACGAAGAGUUCAAGUGCCAAUGCCAAUAUUUAAACAAAAGGAAAUAGACUGCACACAGCUUAGAAUCUUGUUUGGAUCCCUUUUACCAUUUCCCAUUACAAAACAGGAAGGGACUUUUAAUCGCUCAGCAUCUCCAGGGGACACAGAAUUCUACACUCCUAGCCUUAUCACUUCGAUAGACACUGGGUUCGAAACCCUUUACAAAGUUACCUGUAAUUGUGAUGAAGAAAUCUGGGCAAGUGGAGAAGACAGUAAAAUAAAAUAUUUUGAUGGUCAAGGAUCAACGAUCAAUGAAAUUGAAACAACAUCAGAGGACUGGCCUUUUGACAUAGCAAUGACAAAUAAUGGCAAUUUAGUUUAUAUAGACGGCGCAAGGAAAACUAUUGAGUUGAUUAAGAAUGGAGAAAGAAAAAGAUUGGUCACGCUACUGGAAUGGAAUCCUGUUGCUAUUUGCGUCACUUUAAAUGACGAACUCUUAGCUACCAUGUUCAGUGACGAUAAAACACAGUCCAAAGUUGUCCGAUACUCUGGCUCGAUCCAAAAACAAACAAUCAUGUUUGACAACGAGGGAGUACAUCUACUUUCAGGAAAUGAUAAAAUUAAAUACAUAUCAGAAAACGGGAACUUGGAUAUCUGUGUUGCAGACUUCGAAGCUUCUGCAGUUGUGGUAGUCAAAGAGUCUGGGGAGUUUCGGUUUAGAUACACAGGUUAUCUAUUCGCUGCCAAGGAAAGCCCUUUUAAACCCUGUGGUAUCGCAACAGAUAGUGAAAACCAAAUCCUAACAGCAGACUGUGCGAACCACUGCAUCCAUAUCUUAGACCAGGAUGGACAGUUCUUACAAUACAUAGAAGGAUGUGAUCUGGAUCGGCCAUGUGGUUUAUGUAUCGACAAAAACGACAACUUGCUUGUGGCUGAGACGAAUGGUAAACUGAAGAAAAUCAAGUAUAAAGAUUAG